UUGACAAACUUUUGAAAUGACGAAAUUACACUUCAAACCCGCAUAACAACAACCAAAAAUCUCUCGGCACAGAGAAAAACAGAAGAGAACUCAGAGAUGGAAGUGACGGAGGUCCAGAGCUUCAACCUACCGCCGGGAGGCCCUUCAGCUCUUCCGGGACAGGGCGGCGGCGGAUUCUCACUUCCAGCGACCCGAUUUUCCAGCGAGGACAUACUAUUUUGCAUCGACGUGGGCCCGGAAACUAUGGUCGAGAUGAAAGUGAACGGGCCGAACGGGCGGCCCUACACCAGAUUAGAGUCGAUAAAGCAGGCUAUACUGCUAUUCGUCCACGCUAAGCUCACCAUCAACCCCGAUCACCGAUUCGCCUUCACCGCCCUCUCGAAAUCUACUUAUUGGCUCCGAAAAGAGUUCAGCAGUGAAGUUGACUCUGCAAUUGCUGCUUUACGAGGACUCUCAGUGGAUUCAUCUUCCAGUCAUGCAGAUCUCACUCAGCUAUUUAGAGUAGCAACUCAUGAAGCUAAGAAAUCUCGUGCACAAAACCGGAUAUUCCGAGUGAUCUUGCUCUAUUGUAGGUCAUCUAUGCCACCACAAUAUCAAUUGCCUUCAACUCUGAAACUCUUCACCUUGGAUGUUAUGUACCUCCAUGACAAACCUGGACCAGAUAAUUGUCCGCAAAUGGUAUAUGACACCCUAGUUGAGGCCCUUGAACGUGUCAGUGAGUUCGAAGGCUUCAUAUUUGAGAGUGGUCAAGGGUUGACACGUGCGCUUUUCCGUCACAUGUGUGUGCUGCUAUCCCAUCCUCAGCAACGUUGCAUGCAGGAUGAGAUGGAUCUACCCAAGUCUUUGACAAAGAAAUCUCCUGUAGCAGAGACAGCACAAGGAGAUGAUAGUGUUGUCUCCAGCCAAUGAGGUGAAUUCUCAUUAAUAUAGAAAUCAAGACUUUAUGCUGUGAAAUAGUUCUCUUUGUCGUCGAUGAACCCUGUAGGUUUCUGCACUAAAAUCCAGAUAUGUAUCUGCGAAUUUAUCAUUGUAACCAUGUCAACCUUGCUCCUCAUGUAUGCAUACCGUCGACCAUUAUGAUGCAGUUCUGAAUGAAAAGAAAAGUUUCCAUGUUGAUUUCAGUUUAGUGACUUUUUCUUGCUUGUCCAUUUAGUGAGUUUCAGAUUGAUACACUUUGUACUUGGGAUUCUUGAUGAAGAAAUCUUAACUUUUAGUUGAUAAGCUGCA